AUGGACAAGUCAGAUCGAUUCGUUAUCAUCAAUGGCCCCGGCCUGGUGUCCAUGGAUACCAUCAAGGACCGUCGUCAGAUCCGGUCCCAACUGAUGCGGCGCGUCUACCUAGAGAGAAUGUCACUAGAGAAGCGAUCUCCAGAGCUGCUGAAUUCGCAUGUGGACGAAUCGACCGAAGAAAUCGCACCCAGCACGCGGGGGUAUCACCACCAGCUAGCGUCGCCUCACAGGUCGAAAACGACCAUGCGAUCAAGACAGGCACGACUGCUGAAUUCAACGAGGUCCGGCCUAGCGAGCAGCAGCAACGGUGACCGGUCUUGCUGUGUCUUUUGCAGCGUGAGCAUCAAAGCAGGGCAUGGGACGAGCACGAGCACCGUCUGUAACCAAUGCGGCGAAGCAAUGGAAAUGGCCAUCAACACACGCCACAACAGUGUGUUUCACAAGACCAAGCGCAAUAUCAACCGCAUCGUGCAUCUGCACUUGACCCGUCUCGCAGAUGGACAGAUUGAUCCGUUUGGAGGACCCGCGAACGGACGCGGCGAUCCGGGGUAUUACCAGUUGCUGGAUCAUUUCUUCACAACCCUCGUCCCAUCUCUCCGUCGCUCUCACGCAUGGAUCGAGGGCUGCUUCGAGGCCUACCUAAAGGGGACAUGGUCUCCCCUAUUAUUCCACUCAACCUGCAUGGCAGCGUCGGUCCAUCUUGAACGCACAGCCCAGAAACACGGAGCCAUCAACUACCCCAGCCGCUCAACAGAACAGCUCUAUCACAAGGGCGCCGCGCUGCGAGCGCUCCAGUCGGCCAUUACAGGGCCGAUCAUCGGCACGCGCACCCUCGACGAAAUCAUCCUUUCUAUCUGUUUUCUGGCGGUACACGACGAUAUGCGAGAAUCGCUGGCUAAGGAUUAUAACCCGUUCAACCCGCCUCUGCAAGACCUACAGGGUCUGGAUUUCUACGGAUUCAGCUCCUUCCACGGCGUGCAUUGGAAUGCGAUUCGGCAGUUGGUGACGCGGAACGGGGGUUUGCAUACGGUGAAACUAUACGGGGCGCCAUGGUUUCUGUCCUAUACCUCACUGAAAUACGCCAUGUUCACCCUCUCCACACCCGAAUUCCCCAUCAUCGACCCCACAGGCAACAUGUACGGAAGCGACUCGCCGUUCCAAAUCCUGCAAAUCUCCUCCACCUCAGAAAAGAUCCGGCCGUGGCACACGACCCUAUGCAAUGGUGGAUUCCGACAACUGCAGACGCUGCGAAUCAAGAAAUCAAUCAUUCGCACGCUGCUCGAUCUGAGCGAGUUCGCACAGGCGGUGCAGCUGCACCUGCCGAAACAGGAUGACGCCAUGGCGAUGGACCAACUGGGUGAUAUCCGGAACCUGGUGCAGCAUCGGCUGCUUUGCUUGCCCAAGCCGUCAGAUUCGCUGUUGUUGCUGGAGGAGGGGAUAUUCGAGAAGAACAACAGCGGUCAUCAACGAGUUGAAGAGGUACAACAAGAAGGAAAAAAGUCCCACACGACAGCAGUGGCAAUGGCAAUGACAGUGGAAGUCUACCGCGCAUGCUGGCUAACAGCGUUCCUGUUCAGUACACACGUCACAUUCCCGAUCCCAGCCACGCGGCCGACGAGGGAGAAUCUGGUGUCGCAGCUGCAAGAUGCGAUCCGCCGGAGCAGUGAUUCUUUGGCCAAUGAUAAUGAGGAUGACGAUAAAAGUAAAAUUGAGAUUCUACUUUGGUGCUCGAUGAUCGGAGGCAUUGCGGCGCAGGAUGGGGAGGUGGAGCGACGGUGCUGGUAUGCUGGACAAUUACGGAAGUUGUGUCACACACUGAAUGUUCAAUCUUGGGCAAAGAUGCAGGAGCUGAUGCGAUCUUUCGCGUGGGUGGAUGUCGCGUGCGACGAAGGGGGUUGUCGGCUGUGGAUGGAGGCAUGUCCUUCUUCUUGUUGA